AACAGAAACAAACACAUUCUGCUGUGGUCAGAGGUCCAGAAGGCGAGUCAAGUCAGUAAAAAGGAAACAAGGAUAAGCUGCUGGUGGAAGCAUCAAUUUUAAAGACAAACCCAAGGAAGGUUUGGAGUCAUGAAUAGCCAUGACGCUCAACACUUAGAGAACAGUGACAAAAAGGUUCAAGACGGGAUCAAAAAUAUGUCAGCAAGCAAUGCAGUGACUUCUGAACUCACAGAGACAACAGGAAGCUCCACUGAUGACAUACCAUCACCAACAGAGACAACAGGAAGCUCCACUGAUGACAUACCACCAACAGCAAAUGAAACUGUAAUGAAUGGCUGCGAUACUCAACAUGCAGAAAGGAGAGAUAAAAAUGUACAAGAGACUGAAAACAUUUCUGGAUCACCACCAAGAAAUGAAGUGACUCCUCCACUUACACUUGUGUUAAUUGGAAACAAAAAUUCCAUUGAGAUUGGAUCAAAAAACAUCUUACUGGACCAUGACCAGGAGAUACAUGUGAAAGAGUUUUCAUCAAGACUGUAUGACCUAUUGGGUCAUCAGAUCUCUGUAAUUAAUAUGCUUGGGUUUCCAAGUAUUGACAUGAUACCAGAGAUCCUAGAAGAUCGUGCCUUUAUUUUGCUGGUAUCAAAUGACCAGCAUGAAAACCAGUAUACUUCUGGAAUGCAGUGGUUAGAAGAAACACUGGGAAAGGAGUUCAGCUCUUAUGUGAUGACAGUCGUGACUCAUGAUGACUCAGAAGAAAUUAGUGAAAAUGAACUUCAGAAGCUGAAAGCAAAGAGCAGUUUUUCUGAAAAAAGAUACCAUACAUGUACAAGAAGUAUGAUGGAUGAAAAUGAGAUAAUACGUCUUCUGACAAAAAUAGAUGCCAUGGUUUUUGAAAGUAGACAAAAGACUGAAGGAAAAGAAACCAAUCUUGAUGAAACAUUGAGAACAGGACAAAAAGAGGAGAGUGAAAAUAAGUUAAAGGAAAGUUUUGAUGGUGAAGACUCAGACAUGAAUGAUGAUAGCAGAGAACAAAGCAAGGAAGCAGGACAAAAGAAGAAGAGUGAAACUGGGACUACAGAACAUGAUGAUCGUAAAGACUUAGAGAUGAAUGAUGAAGACAGAGGAAAAAGGUCUGGAAUCAACACUUGGGAACCAAGCCAGGAGAGCAAAACUUUGCAACAUUCAUCCACACAACCUGUCAUCAUUUCUGGUGCUCUUUAUAUGAAUUGGAACAAAGAAAAGCCGUUAUACAAUUCUUCUGCAGAACAAGAAAAAAUGCUUCGAAAAGAGACUGAAAUGCUGUUUGAAAGGCUUGAACUUACAAACAAAUGGACUCCAGCAGAAUUUCUUAAGAUAGGUCCACCUAUCAAGCAGACCAAUGAAGUUUCGGAGAAAGAUCUAGUUUGUACUUUUCUUCAGAGGCUAUGGACGCUAGACUAUAGAGCCAGAUAUAUCCCUGUGCAACAAAUACCUUCAGAUGUAAGCAAUUCAAAGGCUGGUCUAGUGUCCAAAACCAAGAAUACAGACAAAGGUGACUUUAGUGCUCUUUAUAGCACUAACACAGAGUCAGAUCAGUCAAAAAAUAAUCAUGUGCAUCCAAUGGAUGUUCAAAUGGCAGUAUUUCACUGCUCAGACAGCUUCCUUAAACAGAAAAUGAUCACAAAGUUGUCACAGUGUCAGUAUGCCUUACCACUGCUUGUUCCUGAUCCUCUCUCAACAAAUAUUGAGUGUCCUUUGUGGACGUUCAGACAAAUAACAAAAACAUGGAAAAUAAGCACAAACAAAGAAAAUGCAACCACUGUCACCAUGAAAAGCAUGCCAAUCUACAAAGCUAAGACUCCCAUGGUUUCAUUUUUCCGACUGGGCUCCAUGUCUUUGUCCAAAUCUCAGCUGAUGAAUGCCUUGAUCAACAACCGCCACGACACAUUCUUCCACAGAAACUGUAAAGGCAGCACCAAAUCUUGUUAUUUGAUGGAUGGCGUGGCAGAGAUUGCCUGGUACUGCCCUGCUGGAAAAGACAAUGAUUUCUUUACUGACUGCAUUGCCUUCUGUAAUCUUCAUGGGGAUUCUCUAGCAAUUGGAAAACAGCGUGAAAUCCUGACUGAAAUGUCAUCAGUCAUUGUUGUUCUGAUACCAGCUUUAGAAAAAAGCAAGGAAAGCAGUACAAUUAUUGAGACACUGUACAAGUCUUCAAAACCUCUAAUUAUUCUCAGUGCUGACAAUGACUGUACUGCAGUUCAGAUGGAACCACAAAAAUACAAAAUAGGGCUGAAAGAAAGAAGCCAGUCGGAUGUUUCUGAAGAACUAAAGAAGAUUAUAAAAAGCCUUUUGUCUGGACCCCACACAUCCUUCAGACUGGAAACUAUGGCCAAAAUCUCUGGGGUCAAAGUGGAUGAAGAUCAGAAAGUCUGCCAGAAUGGGAAAUCUGCGGCAAUGGAAAUAAUUGAAUUGAUUGAAAGGAUGGACGUUGCCAAAAUCAAAGAUGAAUUUCUUCCCUGCCAAGGUCAACUUUGGUCCAACUGGUGCAAAAUCAAUAAAGACUUGCAUCAUUUAAAGGGAGAUAUUGAGAAAGAACAGCAUCAGAAGAGACAUCAGCUAAUGAAACUACGAGAGAAACAGUGUGAUGUGUCUAAUAGUAAACUGAUGAGGUUGUUCACUCAAAGCCUCCAGAGUGUGCCUCCAAAAGAAAGAGAAUAUUUCUUGACAUGGACUCAGAUCCUUAUAGAUGCCCUCUCCACAGAUGAUCUCUCUUCAAUUCUCCAAAAUUAUGAUGAAACCUGGUCAGAGGUCUUGGUCUUGAAAAAUAAACAUGACAAAUCUGAUAAAUUAAAACGCAAACAAACGGAGCUUGAACUGUGGUCACAAAAGCUUCAAUCAGCAACCUUUGGUCUGGAACACAUCUUCAGAGAGAUGGGACAGAUCUAUGAAGCCCAUAAAUCUUUGAAGAAACCAUUGCUGGACAAACAACAUGAUUGGACCAAAUACCCUGAGCUGGCUGCAGAUCUGAUGAUAUCAGGACACCCAAUGGAGCUGAUGGAUGGGGAUGCAGGCCAUGUGCCUUUAAUAUGGAUCUCUAAUCUUUUACAGGAAGUCAUCAACAAACUUGGUGACCAGAGAGUUUUUGUGCUGUCAGUUCUGGGUGUACAAAGUAGCGGAAAGUCAACGAUGCUGAAUGCCAUGUUUGGCCUGCAGUUUGCAGUCAGUGCUGGAAGGUGCACCAAGGGUGCCUACAUGCAAUUGGUUAAGCUGUCAGAGGAAAACAAGGAUAAAUACCAGUUUGACUACAUUCUAGUUGUAGACACUGAAGGACUGCGUGCUCUUGAGUUAGCAGAUAAUAUCACCCUUCAUCAUGACAAUGAACUUGCAACAUUUGUUGUUGGUCUGGGAAACAUGACACUGAUCAACAUCUUUGGUGAGAAUCCAGCUGACAUGCAAGAUGUCCUACAAAUUGUUGUGCAGGCUUUCAUGAGGAUGAAGAAAGUCAAACUUUCUCCAAGUUGUGUGUUUGUCCAUCAGAAUGUCACAGAUAUUACAGCAGCAGAGAAAAACAUGGAUGGAAAAAGACGUUUGCAGGAAAAACUGGACAAGAUGACUCAACUUGCUGCCAAAGAGGAAGGAUGUGAUGUUGAGUGCUUCAGUGAUGUCAUCGCGUUUGAUGUGCAAAAAGAUGUGAAAUACUUUGCUCAGCUGUGGGAGGGAAGUCCACCAAUGGCUCCUCCAAAUCCAGGUUAUAGUGAGAGCAUCCAAGAACUCAAGUCCAUCAUCUUGUCUAAAGCCAAACAGUCUACUGGAACCACUCUGUCACAUUUCAGCACCAAAAUUCAAGACCUGUGGAACGCUUUGAUGAAUGAACACUUUGUUUUUAGUUUCAAAAAUACACAGGAAAUUGCAGUUUAUAGAAAACUGGAGGUCCAAUAUGGAAACUGGACUUGGGCCCUGAGGAGUGAGAUGCUGAAUAUUGAAAACCAACUUUAUCCCAGAAUUGAAAAGGGCCAACUGGACAAAGUUGAGCUGAGUUACCUUAAUAAAGAAAUGGCUAAAACAUAUGAAGAAGUAACAAAAAGUAUGACGGCUUACUUUGAAGAUGACAAAGACAAAGAAAUGUUGGUUCAAUGGCGGGGCCGAUUUGAGAACAAAAUCAAAGAGUUUCAUGAGGAACUUGUGAGAGGAGUGAAAAGAAAACUGGAUGAAGUAAUUCAGCAAAAUAAUGCUAGAAAAAUGCUUGACAAGAAGAAGACAGAGUUUGAAAACAAGCUACUCCAGAAGAGCAAAGAGCUCGCUCACGAGUCAAAAGCAAUGGCAGAAAAUGAAGAGGACCUGAAAAGACAAUUCAACACUGUUUGGACAAACUUAGAAAAGGACUUAACCUCAGAUACAAAACCCAUUGAGAACAUAAACUUGGAGGAGGAUCAGCAACUUGUCCUUCUAGAUCUUGGUGUAGAAUGGGGACUCAUUGAUGAGUCAAAAAGAAGUAAGAGAUACAAAAAUCUGUCAGAAACUGGAAACUACUUCGGCUACAUAACCCAAAAGAAGUAUCAAAACCUCAAUGAGGAAAGCCAACAGUCUCAGGAAAACAAGAGAGAAGCAGACAAAAACACAAGUGGACAAAGCAAAACCUUUUUGGGGGUUUUCCAACAAUGGUUUGGAAUGGCAUCAACAACACAGCAUGUGGACGAAAGUAAACCAAAAAAUCCUUUACAGUAUGAAGAACAGGAACUGAUCAGAUCAUUUGUUAAAAAGGUUGUAAAAGAAUGUCUUGAAGCCAUUAAGAGCAAACCUGUUGCAACAAGAGGUUACAGGUCAACCUACUUGCAGGAACUUGCCAAAAAUGUCAAACAAAGAGUGACAGAAUUUGAAUCAGGGAAGAAAUUUACAUUCAAGAAGGAGUUUACAGUUGACCUUUCACUGCAUGUGUUUGAUAGGGCAGAAGGUUGGCUCUUAAACGCCCACAAGAUCUACAGAGACAACAAUGAUGCACUGACUUAUUUGGACAACAAGAAAAAUGAGUAUUACAACAUUUUCAGAAGCUUCUGCAGAGGAAGUUCAUCUACUGUGGUGUUUGGAGAAAUUAUUUGUGGAAAACUUAAAGUCUCUGCCGCUGAAGCCGUCUGUAACAAGACUGGAGUUGAUAUUGCUGGCGAGAUGAGGUCCAAUUUCCCAGCAUUCAGUGAGAACAGACUGAAUUUAGAGAAGCAUGUGUUGGCAUCUCUGGCAGAGAAAGAAGACUUUAGCAGAUUCACCACCUACAUCAGAAAUCCAAGAGCUCAAGUAGAGGCUUUCAUCAAAGAAGAAGUAAAGAAAUACAUGUUCACGACGCAGAAAGUUAAAGCCCAGAAUAUCCUUAAAAAAAAUGUAGAAGACAUCACCAGAGUCAUCAGUCAGGCUCUGUUUGAGGCAACGGAGAAAUUCAAACACAAGAAAGGAAAUAUAGAAAUGUGGGUGGAGGAAUUUUCUAGUAAGCUAAAACCAAAGUUGAUACUUGAUACUGUUAGUUGUCAAAACUUCAGCGACAUAAACAGCUUUGACUUCUUUAAAGAAGAGAUAGAAAAAAGCCUGGAAAGCAUCACAACAGAGAUGAGCAAACUCUCCCUGGAAAAAGUGAAUGACUGCAGGCAGAAGCCUGAUCAGAUCCUGAUUGAUCAGCUGUGCAACUGCUGCUGGGAAAGGUGUCCAUUCUGUGCCGCUGUUUGCACAAACACUUUGAAGGACCACAGUCCUGAGAAGCACAGCGUUCCUUUUCAUCGACCGUCUGGAGUCGAAGGUUGGCAUUACAGAGGAACAAUUGAUCUGGUCAUUGAUUUCUGUACCACGUUAGUUGCAAGUGAUAUGAAAUUUCACCCGAAACAUGACUCAGAGCAGACAGUUCCGUAUAAGCGUUAUCAAACUGCUGGAGGAAAAUAUCGUUCAUGGAGCAUUACGGCUGAUAACUCUAUGCUGGCCUACUGGAAAUGGUUUGUCUGCCGCUUUCAAAAGCAACUGGAAGAGCACUAUGAAAUGAAAUUCCAGGGUAGUGGUGAAAUUCCUCACUAUUGGAAAUCCUUCAGUAAGAAGGACGCCAUUAAAAGUCUGAAUGAAAUGUGUCGUUUGUGAAGAAACAAAACCAUUCAUAAAAUCUAAUCUCAUUCAUAAAGUGGAAGGUCUGUUUCCAAUCAGUGUACAAAACUAUUGAUGUGAAAAUGAAUAGAUAAGCAUAAUAUUACCUUUUUUUGUAAGUGCUGAUGGAAUUAUGCUUCAAGUUAAAUAUCACUGAAAUGGCCACUAACAUUGAAAUGUCAAAUAUGAGAAUUGACAGGGGUUACAUUAUGUAAACAGGUUUUCUCUUUAUCUAGAUGGAAUCAAAAUGAAUUCCAUCACAUGUUUAUGUUUCAUGUUUAAUAAAUGUAUUGUAAGAGUAAAAUUUGAAGAGUAAUGGCAAUGAUAAUGAUUGAGUAAAUACAUAUAAAAUAUCACACAUUUGAGUUUUAUGAACAAAAUGUUAUUUUUUUUAUUGCUUACUGUUUUUUUACUUAUGUUUAAAUUGCUAAAUGAUUUGUUUGUUUGGCCUUUUAAAUUUUCGUGUUCCAUUGGUAGGGGUGAAGGGCAGGGUCAUGUGCCAUAUUGACUUUGUUUGUUAGUCCAAAUAAUAUUAAGUUUUGCAAUACAAUAUAGUCAUCUAAAAAAAUUAUUUUUAUCUUGAAAUAUAUAUAAUAAACAGGCAAUUAAUAUAUAUCUUUUAUAAUGCUUAAUGUAAGAUGGAAUAGGACAUAGAUAACACAAAUAAGACAGAAGACUGCUUUACCAGUUAAAAUUGUGCUUUGAUUGUAAAUUGUAUAACCUGAUUAAUAAAAUGACAAUGAUACAUCUGCUCCUGUUUUCUCAUCUUCACCAAUUCAUAAAACAAACGUGUAUCUGGUUUGGUAGAUUCAGUUUUCACAUAAUCUCUUGCAAGAAUCAUGUUAUGCAUCACAUAAAGCAGAGUGAACAACUUUUAAAACUUUCUAUUUCAUGUAGUUCCUUUGUGUCAAUAAAAGACUUUUGCUUUAA